UUCCAAGCAUAGAAUCGACCUUUAAAAUAUGGGAGUGUUUUCUUCCAGCUAAGGACAACUCAGCCGGGGAGGCGUUUAUCUCCCUGGGCCAUACAGACAGCAGGACAAGUGUCAUUUCCUAUGUGCAUACAACAUCCUACUUACGAGUCUAAAUACAACGUAUCUGAGCUUGCAAACAACCUCCAGAAGCCAUUACCAGCAAAUUUCGCUAGUAGAGAAGUCAGGAAAUAGAGAUUUAGUUGAAAUUCUGUGAUGCACAGAACAUCUUGCUGGCUGCCUACACACUGCAGUUCUCAAGGACCGUUCUUUGGUUCUUUUUGAAGCUUUUCUUUUACUAAAAUAUCAAAAUCAAAACUACUUCUUAUACCAAACAAUGAAAACCUUUAUUUACAACAGGUUUAGUACAGUUUUCAAGAAUGUGUAUAAAUAUACAAUGGGAAGGGCUUCUUGGUUCUUUCUUAUUUUGGGUUUAUCCGGUGUAAAGACAGUUUCAAAGCUAUCAUGCAGAUGGGGCAAGUGAUGUAAUGACAUUUGCUCAUCAGUGUGAGCAUGAGGAGGAGCCACAAGUCAGCCUUCCUUGUAGUUGUGCAACUUAAGCCUUUGUACAUCCCAACAACUCCUUCUCCAAGUGAGGAAGGUCUUUGGCACGUGUUGUAGUGAUAAAUUCCUCCACGUGCAGAGGAUCUACACAAGAGCUUCGACUCUUUGGACCUCCAGAGGUCAGUUUUGUUGUUAGUCAGACCUCGUCCGAGUUCCAUUUCACAGUUCCCAUUCUGCAGUUCAGAAUAGUCAUUAUUGUAUCAGGCAUUUAUGGGGGGGGAAAAAAUGAGAGUAAAUCUUGUGUGCAAAGGGCCAGCAAGCCUAGCAGCUGUCUGAGAAUUCCUUCCACUGCUCUGACCCCACUUCUCUUUCUCCCCAGGUGCAGCAAAGAGCGCAGGAGUGUAUCAAAGCUCUCAAUCUCAUUCUUAAAAUCAAUUCAGGAGAGGAAGUGAUGAAUGUACUAAAUUCAAACUUUGACUGGAAUAGCCUAAAAGAUUCUGUUGAUACUAGCAGAAUAGCUGUGAUGGGACACUCUUUUGGUGGUGCUACAGUUAUUGAGAGUCUCAGCAAAGAAAUAAGAUUCAGGUGUGGCAUUGCCCUCGAUGCAUGGAUGCUUCCAGUAGGUGAUGACAUUUACCAAAACAGCGUCCAGCAACCGCUGCUUUUUAUCAACUCUGAAAAAUUCCAGUGGGCUGAUAAUAUCUUAAAGAUGAAGAAACUCAGCUCCAACGAUGCAAACAAGAAAAUGAUCACUAUCAAGGGGUCAGUGCAUCAGAGCUUUCCUGACUUCACCUUUGUGAGCGGAGGACUCAUUGGAAGAUUCUUCAAAUUAAAAGGAGAAAUAGAUCCAAAUGAAGCUAUUGAUAUCAGCAAUCAUGCUUCAUUAGCCUUCCUGCAGAAACACUUGAAUCUCAAGAAAGAUUUCGAUAAGUGGGAUUCUCUUGUGGAUGGCAUAGGACCCAAUGUUAUUCCUGGAACCAAUAUUGACUUAUCUCCAGCUGAACCUGAAUAAAGAAUACAAAAAAGUACUGAAAAUGCCACAGACAUCAGGACACUAAUGUUGGCCAGACAUUGCUCCGACACGUGAUAGUAUUGGCCACCUACACAGCUUUUGGGGUGUGGAACAAGAAAAUAAAGAUAAGACAUUAGGUUACAUUAUCUUGAAAAUAUAGAGAGGUUUUAGUUCAAAUGAAUUUGUGGGAUUCUUUGAAAUACUGCAACAGGGUAACUUCUGCUUUGGAGGCAGCUGGGGGGAAAAAAAAAUCACUGGAUGGCAAUUUAAAUGCUUUUUCUGGUUUUGACUUAAAAUCAAGUUUGCAGAGAGAUUAAGCUGCAAGGAAUUCAACUAAAAUUCUGCUUACCAAGCUUGAAGUCAGUUCACAUCCAGCAAGCUUUUUUUGCAGUGUAAGAAAAAAAAUAUAUCUUUAAGUUGUUACUAAACUACCUAGUAUUUCAGCUGUGCUCUGACAACAGCUGAGAGUUGGAGCAGGUUUUUGCUCCUUCUAGUCAGAGAGGUGCCAGCAGAAGGUGGUCUUCAAAACUGUCUUAUUUUAAUAAAAGUCACAGUGAAAGCCACAGGAAAUAGUUUAAGAUAACAGCUGAGAAAAGUGUUUGUUCAGACACAGGACUUCUCAUAUGAACUUAAUCCACUUAACAUUUAAGAUCUGUGUUUAUUGCCAUACUCAGAGGAUGUUUCCAUUCCAAAAGCUGCUGAAAUGAUCACUCUUGUUGUAGUAACUGUAAUUCCCCUUCGGCAAAGCUCCAAGUAGCACCUCUGGUUAAUCUCUCUAUUACCACUAUCACUCAGUCCUACUGUUAUAGGUGAAAUCACAGAAAUGAUGUGUCACUUCUACCACUCCUUUUAAAAAGGACUAUGGAAGCAUUGCUCAAUCAUCUUGAUGUCUCUCAUGGUGUUCAGACUCUCAUCUUUGUCCAGGUACCAGCACUGCUGUCUGUAUCUGUCAGUAGAAGCAGCUGAUUUGUGGUUGGCUAAAGAAGGUUCUAAUUUUUAGAACAAAACUCUUCGAAGCUGCCACACGGAAGGGUGACUUCUAACUGAAUCAGCCUCGCAGAAGCGGGACUACUUCUAACUGUAGCCUGUUUGUUUCAAAAUCAGGUUACAAACAAAACUGAAGCAAGUGGAACAAGCAAAGCAGUUAACAGUGUAAUUAAGUAUUUAUAUUAUAUGUGAUCUUAACCUGAGAUUGCAACAACACCCAAGACAUGUUUUUCAGAAUUGAAUUAAAUUCUAUCCAGCCUA